CCGCGGCUCUCGGCCCCCGCAGCAUCCUCAGACCCCAUGGAGAACGCGCCCGCCGCGGCUUCCUGAGUGCGGGCGCCGCCGCCGUCCAAACUGCGCGCUGGGGUCCUCCAUCUCGCCCCUCUUAGGGGCGUCCGAGAGGCCAGCGAAGAGUGCACCAUGAAGUCCGUGCUGUUCAGCCGCUUCUUCAUCCUCCUGCCCUGGAUCCUAAUCGUCAUCAUCAUGCUCGACGUGGACACGCGCAGGCCCGCGCCCCCGCUCACCCCGCGCCCCUACUUUUCUCCCUACGUGGUGGGCCGCGGGGGUGCCCGACUCCCGCUCCGCAGGGGCGGCCCCGACAGCAGCCCCGGGCGCGGCUGGCAGAAGCGCAACGAGUCGCGGCCACAAGCACGGCCGCGGCCCGAGCCGCCUCUGCCCACCAUCUAUGCCAUCACGCCCACCUACAGCCGCCCGGUGCAGAAAGCCGAGCUGACCCGCCUGGCCAACACUUUCCGCCAGGUGGCGCAGCUGCACUGGAUCCUGGUGGAGGACGCGGCGGCGCGCAGCGAGCUGGUGAGCCGCUUCCUGGCGCGGGCCGGGCUGCCCAGCACGCACCUGCACGUGCCCACACCGCGGCGCUACAAGAGGCCCGGAUUGCCGCGCGCCACGGAGCAGCGUAACGCGGGUCUCGCCUGGCUGCGCCAGAGGCACCAGUAUCAGCGCGCGCAGCCCGGGGUGCUCUUCUUCGCCGACGACGACAACACCUACAGUCUGGAGCUGUUUCAGGAGAUGCGAACUACACGUAAAGUCUCUGUCUGGCCAGUGGGCCUGGUUGGUGGGCGACGCUAUGAACGUCCGUUGGUGGAAAACGGCAAAGUCGUUGGCUGGUACACCGGCUGGAGAGCAGACAGGCCUUUUGCCAUCGACAUGGCAGGAUUUGCUGUGAGUCUUCAAGUCAUCUUGUCCAAUCCAAAAGCUGUAUUUAAGCGUCGUGGAUCCCAGCCAGGGAUGCAAGAAUCUGAUUUUCUAAAACAGAUAACAACAGUUGAAGAACUGGAACCAAAAGCAAGUAACUGCACUAAGGUUCUCGUGUGGCACACUCGGACAGAGAAGGUUAAUCUAGCCAACGAGCCAAAGUACCGCCUGGACACAGUGAAAAUUGAGGUAUAAACUGAAGCAGCAAGUGGUGCAGUUUGCCUGGCUAAUGGACGUGGAAGAGGAGUCCGGAGGUCAGGCUGCAGAACGUUCAGGUAUUGUUCACUUGACUUCAGUACGACAGCCUGUGUUGUCAUCUGACGGACAUCUGUUUCAGCAGAGCUUGUCUGUCCACUAACACAGCUGACGGGAUGGGAUCAAAUGUAUGUUUUUGUCUUCAUUUGUUCUGCAUGUCUUCCCUACAACUAAACUGGCAGUUCUUUGUACAGUACGGCUAGUGACACUGGAGGAUACGAUUGUGAGUAUCUUACGUACUUUUUGUUCUUCCCAUUUGGCCUUA